GCCCAAACCUGACACUCAGUGACAGGUCUGGGUCAAAUCACGGUUUGGAUCUUUCUUCCCCUGAAUUUGUAUCUCUUUAUCUAUUCUAAACUCCGUCUUUAAUCUAUUUCCAAAUCUCUGAUAAUCUAUAAACUAUAUCUAAAUUCUACUAUACAUCUUCAACCGAUCUGAAAUCUAAUCAUAUCCAAUAUUUUAGACCAAUCUUACUAAUCCAAUGAUAAUCCCGAAAUCCCGAAAUGAUAUUUCUAAGAAUUUUCAAUCAACUCCAAAACUGUGAAUCCAUAGAAAGACGAAAUUCUCGAUUGAUCCGGCAAAAUGGUUUAGACAUUGAAAAAUCUCAACUCUCAUUCGAGAGUAAUUCCUCCACAGCACGCGGAAGAACUAAAUCCCAGGAUUUGGAAGGUUAUUUUACGACAAAAUCUGGAAGAUCUAGCCAGCGACCAUUACACUUCUCAACAGAUCAAUCUUCUUGCGACUCAAGCCAGGCUGACAGCGGAAGAACGGAUUCAGAAGUCUGGAUUUCGAAAGAAAAAGUGUUCUAUUCGUCCUCCAAAUGCUCUCCUACAAGAUGGGACUCCAAUUUUAAAUCCAAUUCCUUGGCAGGAAGUUCGAACUCUCCUUCCCCCUCCCUCUCCUUCAACCCCUUCAACCAGGUGUCCCAUCAACCAACCACCUCCUUCUCCUCGUCCUUCUCCUCCUCCUCCCCUGAAACCUUGUUGUAUCCAAGUGCUAGUCAAGGGACAAAAGCCUGGACAACUAAAAUAGAAUCAAACCCAGGUUUUGAUCAAACUUCAUCAGAUCAGAUUCAGUCAAUUGAAUCCCAUAUUUACGUUCAGCAGCCUUCACAGGAGGAGAAGAAUAUUCAGUUUCUAAACAAUCAAGAACCGAGACACCCAGUAGAUUCGAAUUCAGAUUCACCUUCCAGCAACUCCUGGAGCACACCCAUCCCAUCCUUCCCUUCAUCCCCUCUCCUCUUCUCCCCUACCACCCCCCUUAUCUCCCCCACCUCCUGGACUGCUCCCUACUAUCCCCCUGAUAGUCCUGCUCCCACCCCCACAACCUGUGCUACUCCCUUCCUAUCUGCUUCAACUAGUUUCACUCUGAUCUCUUCGUUCCCAUCCUCACCUAACUAUCUCACACCGUCACAGAGCAGUUUAGACACCCUUGCACUGUCUCGUCAUAGUUCCUUCUACAGUUGUAGAAAUAGUCCUACUCCUCCUACCAGAGAUAGCAUUCAGGGCGAGUAUUCUCCUCACUGCGGGGAAGAUGUUCAUUGGUCUGUAGCUUGCUCUUGCUCUCAUUUCCCCUUUCAGACUACUCCAGUAUAAUACGUCUACUCCUACUUUCCAGACAACUCCAGUAUAAUACAAUAGUCUACUUCUACUUUCCAGACAACUCCAGUAUAAUAAAAUAGUCUACUCCUACUUUCCAGACUACUCCAGUAUAAUACAAUAGUCUACUCCUACUUUCCAGACUACUCCAGUAUAAUAGAAUAGUCUACUUCUACUUUCCAGACUACUCCAGUAUAAUAGAGUAGUCUACUUCUACUUUCCAGACUACUCCAGCAUAAUACAAUAGUCUCCUCCUACUUUCCAGACUACUCCAAUAUAAUAGAAUAGUCUACUUCUACUUUCCAGACUACUCCAGUAUAAUAGAAUAGUCUACUUCUACUUUCCAGACUACUCCAGUUUAAUACAAUAGUCUACUCCUACUUUCCAGACUACUCCAGCAUAAUACAAUAGUCUACUUCUACUUUCCAGACUACUCCAGUAUAAUACAAUAGUCUACUUCUACUUUCCAGACUACUCCAGUAUAAUACAAUAGUCUCCUCCUACUUUCCAGACUACUCCAGUUUAAUACAAUAGUCUACUCCUACUUUCCAGACUACUCCAGUAUAAUACAAUAGUCUACUCCUACUAUCCAGACUACUCCAGUAUCAUACAAUAGUCUACUUCUACUAUCCAGGCUACUCCAGUAUAAUAUAAUAGUCUACUCCUACUUUCCAGACUACUCCAGUAUAAUACAAUAGUCUACUCCGUGAAGGGGUGAAUCCCCUAAAACUCAUUAUUUACAUUUUUUCAGGGGGUGGGGAAGUGUAUAUGUAUAAUAAACUAAAACAUACUAAGGCUGUUGUACUGUGUACAUGAUAAUAAACCAAUUGGUGCCAAAUGACAUAAGGAUAUUGUGUAUUCCUAUAUACCGAUUUGCUGUUGUUUUGUAUUUUGUACAAUUGUUAUAGUUGCCCAGUGAAAACAAGAAGAACCAGUUCUAUGGUGCCAAUUGUGAAAUUAUGUAUAAUCAUUGUUUAUAAAAUGAAUAAAAUGUAGGCCUUGUUUUUAA